AUGGCCGGGAACACCCAGAACAACACCGCGUUUGUGAAUGGUGUCAGAAGUUUGGUGAAUAUGUGGAGGAUGACAAUGGCAAGACACCUCAGACGCGGCUCCACAGUCGCAGCCAUGGAGACAUCAGGGUGGGAUUUCUUGCCAUCUAGAACUGUGUUCGAUCAACAGGUGCCACGGUCGCACCACAUGUUUGAACAGAUGCUCGGCAUGCUAGUGCCAGUGCCUCAAUCGUCUGCCUCGACGACAUUAGAUCCAGCUAAAAUCCUACGCAACGCGGACUAUGCCAGUUCUGCUUUGGUCACAUUAGAACUGCUGCGCUCCAUGGAACGCUCAAAAAGUUCGCUGCCGUCUGAGCCUGACAUAUUGCCUUUUGUCAAUUUGCUAUCGAAAUUGCUUAAGAUUGCACCGGCGCCCCGGACACCGUACAGCUUUCAAGAGAAGCUGUUUGCCCUGAAGGACGACCCUGCUGAGCUUGCAUACUACCGAGAAAUGGGCAACAGGUUACACCUUGAGCACAUGCAAUUGCCAGGGCCGAGUCACGCCUCAGAAUUCGGAGCGGAGGGUAGCACGCCUCCUUCAGCAGCAGACUCAUUACCAGGAGUAGAAGCUGACCCAGACCAUGAUGCAUUGGAAUCUGCGCCAACAUCGGAUGUCUCACAGACCGAUCGCUUCGCGCUGCUCCAUUACAAGAGACUGGCCCGCGCUCUAGCGCAACAGGAUAUGCUACUAGCAGAGAAGAUAAAACGCGAGACAUACGCAUUUGCAGGCUCACGUGGCGCUGACUCACAGGCGCUGCCUCUCGAGCUCUACGAGCACCUCAUGCUGACCUUCCUCAGUCUCCGAAACCCUAAGGCAGCCAUCGAGGUGUGGAAUCAUGUCAUCCAGGCUGGAUACACGCCGACUGUGAAGACGUACUCCGUGAUGAUGCGCGGGGCGCAAGCGGUUCGAGAUGUGAGCGGCAUGAAGGCCUUUUGGCAGAAGAUGAGGAAUGCUGGGCUGCAACCAGAUGAGCACGCCUGGUCAAUCCGCAUAUAUGGAUUGAUCAAGCUGCAGCUGGUCAAAGAAGGAUUUCAGGCAAUGAAUGAGAUGGCACAGGAAUGGAUGGCAGCUGCAAAGGCACGAGAAAUGAAGGUCGCCAGCCGCGAACGCAAAAAGGAGAUGGCAACGAAUCAGAACCUUGGAGCCGAACUGCUCGCGAAGUACUCCGGCCCUGUAGAUGGUGUACCCCGGCCGAGCCUGGUUGUUGUCAACUCUGCCGUAUCAUCGCUUGCGCAAAGUCAACGUGGAGAAAUUCCAAAGGCACUGACAUGGGCUCGAACGUUUGGUGUCGAACCAGACAUCACUACUUACAAUGUCUUAUUGAAUGUGGCGAUGCGGUACGAGCAAGCGGACGAGGCAUUGAAGCUCCUUCGCCACAUGCAGCAGAGGGGCGUUGCAGCUGACAGCGCAACAUGGACCGUGCUCCUGACUGCACUGUUUGAAGGUGGCUUCCUAGAAGGUCUCGACCACAAGCAGCAGCAAGAGAAGGUUCUGUCAUUCAUCAAGUCACUAGAGACCAACAACCCGAAAAUGCCCGGCAUUGACGUCAAAGGAUACGCGCUCGUAAUAGAUCGCCUUCUAAAACGCUAUGACAAUCCUGAAGGUGCAGCUGCCGUGAUGAAUCAUAUGGUGGUCCGUGGUCUUCAGCCAACCACCCACAUUUACACCAUCUUGAUGAGCUCCUACUUCCAGCGUCGACCUCAACCCGAUCUUGCAGCGGUGGAGGCACUUUGGAAAUAUAUUGAGUCGCAGAAUAAGGGUUAUGGCGCGCCUGUGGACUCAGUUUUCUACGACCGCAUGAUCGAAGGGUAUGCUACUCAUCACCGACUGCUACCCGGUGGCGUCAGCACGGCGCUCGGUUUCCUGAAGCGCUGUCGACAAGCUGGGCAGAAGCCAGGUUGGAGGGCCCUUGAGAUGGUGUCGAGAGCUUUGGCCGAAAGACAGGAAUGGAACCAACUGAAAGUGUUGGUGGACGAUGUCAGAUCCAGCCUGAGGGAGGGUCGUGGGGCGAGUCAGCAUAUGGGGCAACGAAACUUCUGGAGAUUCAUCAUCGAGGGGACAGAUUUGCUGAGAGAAGAGGGUAUCACGAGGCCGGAGGACCUCUUACCGAGUGAUCCCAGGCGAAGCCCAUUGUUGCAGGCUGAGGCGAGUGCUGAGGCACUGUAG